GCCAUGAAUCCACUUCUGAUCCUCGCCCUCGUGGGGGCUGCUGUCGCUUUCCCCAAGGAUGACGACGACGACAAGAUCGUCGGGGGCUACACCUGCGAGAGGAACUCCGUCCCCUACCAGGUGUCCCUGAACUCUGGCUACCACUUCUGUGGCGGCUCCCUCAUCAACGACCAGUGGGUGGUGUCCGCAGCUCACUGCUACAAGUCCCGCAUCCAAGUGAGGCUGGGAGAAUACAACAUCGAUGUCGAGGAGGGGGAUGAGCAGUUCAUCAACUCCGCCAAGGUCAUCCGCCACCCCGACUAUGACAGCUGGGUCCUGGACAAUGACAUCAUGCUGAUCAAGCUCUCCUCGCCUGCAGUCAUCAGUAGCCGGGUGUCCGCUAUCGCCCUGCCCACUGCCUGUGCGCCCGCUGGCACCCAGUGCCUCAUCUCUGGCUGGGGCAACACCCUGAGCUCUGGUGUCAACUACCCUGAGCUGCUGCAGUGCCUGGACGCCCCGCUGCUGUCCCAGGAACAGUGUGAAGCCUCGUACCCCGGACAGAUCACCGACAACAUGGUCUGCGCCGGCUUCCUCGAGGGCGGCAAGGAUUCCUGCCAGGGUGACUCCGGUGGCCCCGUGGUCUGCAAUGGAGAGCUCCAGGGAAUUGUCUCCUGGGGCUAUGGCUGUGCCCAGAAGAACAGGCCCGGCGUAUACACCAGGGUCUGCAACUUCGUGGACUGGAUUCAGGAGACCAUAGCCAAGAACAGCUGAAGCUCCUGCCCGUCCCUCUGCCACCCCUGUGCUAAUAAUAAAGCGACUCUGAUUCAGCCA